AUGAAGAAUGGAUCACGAGAGGUGGGCCCUUUUCGGGCAGAGAGCGACCCGCCCAGCCCAACGUUUGGGGGCAAAAGCUCGUACAUCACGGUCAAGAUGAGUCACCGGAAGUUUGAAGCCCCUCGCCACGGUUCGCUGGCCUACCUGCCGCGCAAGCGCGCCGCCCGUCACCGCGGUAAGGUCAAGAGCUUCCCCAAGGAUGACCCCAAGAAGCCCGUCCACUUGACUGCCUCCAUGGGCUACAAGGCCGGUAUGACCACCGUCGUCCGUGACCUUGACCGUCCCGGUGCCAAGAUGCACAAGAAGGAGAUCGUUGAGGCCGCUACCGUCAUCGAGACCCCCCCUCUUGUCGCUGUCGGUGUUGUUGGUUACAUCGAGACUCCCCGCGGUCUCCGCUCCCUCACCACUGUCUGGGCUGAGCACUUGAGUGACGAGGUCAAGCGUCGCUUCUACAAGAACUGGUACAAGUCCAAGAAGAAGGCUUUCACCAAGUACGCCAAGCAGCACGCCGAGUCUUCCGGUGCCUCCGUCACCCGUGAGUUGGAGCGCAUCAAGAAGUACUGCACUGUUGUCCGUGUCCUUGCCCACACCCAGAUCCGCAAGACCCCCAUCAAGCAGAAGAAGGCCCACCUUAUGGAGAUCCAGGUCAACGGUGGCUCCGUCGCCGACAAGGUUGACUUCUCCCGCAACCUGUUCGAGAAGACCAUUGAGAUCGACAGCAUCUUCGAGCAGGAUGAGAUGAUCGACGUUAUUGCCGUCACCAAGGGUCACGGUUUCCAGGGUGUCACCUCCCGUUGGGGUACCACCAAGCUUCCCCGCAAGACGCACAAGGGUCUCCGCAAGGUCGCUUGUAUUGGUGCUUGGCACCCUAGCCACGUCCAGUGGACUGUUGCCCGUGCUGGUCAGAUGGGUUACCACCACCGUACCUCUUGCAACCACAAGGUCUUCCGCAUUGGAAAGGGUACUGAUGAGGGCAACGCCUCCACCGAGUUCGAUAUCUCCAAGAAGCAGAUCACUCCCCUUGGUGGUUUCGUUCACUACGGUGAGGUCAAGAACGACUUCGUUCUCCUCAAGGGUUCCGUCCCCGGUGUCAAGAAGCGCGUCAUGACUCUCCGCAAGACCCUGUACCCCCAGACUUCUCGCCGUGCCACCGAGAAGGUUUCCCUCAAGUGGAUCGAUACCUCCUCCAAGUUCGGUCACGGUGCUUUCCAGACCGCCGAGGAGAAGAAGGCCUUCAUGGGUACCCUCAAGAAGGAUCUUAUCCAGACUGUUUAA